AUGGCGACGUCGCUGCAGUUGCUUACCAAUACGACAGACAAGAACGACGCUAAAAGGACACCCAGAAAACCUCCGCCAAGUAACUAUGCAUCAGUCAUGAGACCUUGGAGGACUAGGACCAGGAACAACGGAACUGGAGAACAGCAAUGGAGACUGCAGCAGCAGUCUACGAGGUCAAAGCCAAAAGAUCGGUUCUCAAGUUCAAGGAGCCUUUGGACAACGUCGACACCAAACUCCUUCCAACUUGCCCACUCUGUCGAAGGACAUUCUGCACGCGAAUCGGCCUCAUCGGAUAUAUCCGGACUCUUUACACCAAACCAACAAUUUCACCUGCUGCCUCCGCAAACGCCUCCAUCACCAUCCCUGCAACACCUCUAUGGCGGCGACCACCAGCACCUCCAUCAUCCCUGUCACAACCCCUCGAUGACGACGACCACCACCCUUCCCACUCCCGGCGAGGAGAAUGCACCGAUGCCUGGGUGA